AUGGCAAGUGUGCUUCUCUCGACACCCUCCGCCGCUCCACGGGCGGCGGUCGCCAGGACGCGCGGUCCGAUCUUCGCAGCGGCGCCGCUGCAGCAUGCGAAGCUUGUGCCGCGGCAGGCUUGGCAGCGGCAAACAAGCACUACUACAUCCAGUUGCUCAUCUAGGACGAGGCACUUCGCCACUGACAGCACCAAAAUUUACCGAUCCGGCAAGAACAACAUUUUUUUCAACUUUGCCGCAGAAACGUCGCUGUGCAACCAGCCCCUGAAAAACGUGCUGUUCCAGUGGCGUAACGAGACCGUCGUCACGAUCGGGCGGCACCAAAACCCGUGGACCGAGUGCCGGCUCGCGGAACUGGAAAAGGAUGGGGUGGAAUUGGUCAGACGGGUUUCGGGCGGUGGCGCGGUGCUGCAGGAUUUAGGUUGUCUUACGUUCUCGCUCAUCGCCAACACCGCGGAUUACCAAAACACAGCGGAUUCCCCAGCCACGAAUGCGCUUGCGGCGUUUACGGAGAAGAACUUCAAACUGGUGAUCAAGGCGCUCGAGAGGUCCGGGAUCCCGGAUUGCGCCCGGUCGGGACGAAACGACAUCGUGUACAAGAACGAGUUCAAGAUUAGCGGGUCGGCCUUCAAAACGAUGAACAACUCAGCACAAGUACCGAAGCUUUUGCACCACGGGACGUUGCUCUUCGAUACGGAUUUUACCUCUUUGGGCCGGUACCUCACCCCCGCGAAGCAAAAACUACAAGCAAAGGGGAUCCAGUCGGUGAAAUCAAGGGUGAUCAAUUUGAAGGAGAUCAAUCCGGCACUGACGCUGGAAGAGCUGAUGGCGAAUUUCGAAGCCGUGUUUCUGGAAGAGUACUUACAACUCCAUAAGAAUUUUACAUAGCGUGGUCAUUUUUUUAUCCGCUCGCGGCUUAGUGUUAACAGCAAUCGAAUCUUCGAGUUCUUUUCCAACGACUGAAAUUUAGCUGCCUUCUUCUUGUGUUCGCAGCAGCCUCCUUGCGAAGCCGCGCCUUUUUUGCAUCGCAGGUACAACCACUCUCCGACUGAGCCAGAGACUCUGACCCCCGAUUCAAGCAUGCUGGCCGCCGACCCUGUUUUUGCGGACGUGCAGAAAAGAAUGAGCGACUGGGACUUCCGCUUUGGCCAAACACCGCAAUUCUCCCACACCAUGGGACCCCACCGGCUGCACAAGAGCGAAGAUGCGGAUGCGGUGUGGGGAAUGUUCGAGUGCCACCUGGAGGUUGAUAACGGCGUGAUCCAGGACGGCGUCGUGUUUUCCGAUUGUCUCUUACCCGACGCGGUCACGAAGGUGAACGCGAUUUUGAAAAAUUGCAAGACGCAGACUGGGAAGAUAAACUACGUGGCAGAGGAGCUGAAAAAAGCGCUAGUGGAAGAAGGAAAUAACGCGGGCUACGUUGGCGACGAGAAGAAACUCGUCAGCGAUUUCGCGGACUGGGUUGGCACGCAAAUGAAGGAGUGACAAAAUGAAACUUUAGAUUUCUCAGUCUUGAGUGGCGCAUAAUUAUACAGAGUUGAAUAGAGUGAAAAAAAAGGUGCUAGUACUGGCGCGACCAGCGCAAAGGUCGCAUGCUCCCGCUGAGUUUUGAGUCUCAAACGUG